CUCCUCCAUCCCCAUCAAUAGCUCUGAAAUACAUGGUGUAUUUUUCAACAGUUAAAUCUGUAACCCUUCCGAUCGAGAUCGAGUUAGAUCUCUCUCCUUUAAAACCUCGCCACCAAAUUCGAAAAAGACAAUAAUUGUUGCAUUUACAAGCCAUGUUUCCCUCACCCAACCCCAACUGCAACAACCCUUUUGAAUCCUUGCUCAAAAUAAGGCCAUCAUCUGAUCAAAAACACGAUGAACUCCUCUUCAACUUCCCCUCGCCCUUCCUCGACGAGCACGAGUCGCCCUUGAAUCAAAUCUUCCUCCUCUCCGCCGAUCAUGACAAGAGAAGCAAGUCGGAAAUGGAUCAUCGUGAGAUCCCCCCCAGCAGCGCCCCUGCUGCUCCGCAGAGGCGGCGGAGGGCCGGGAAGAAGGACCGGCACAGCAAGAUCUGCACGGCGCAGGGGAUCAGGGAUAGGAGAAUGCGACUGUCUCUGCAAGUUGCUCGGAAAUUCUUCGAUCUUCAAGAUAUGCUGGGCUACGACAAAGCCAGCAAAACCAUCGACUGGCUCUUCACUCAGUCCAACAAGGCCAUCAAGGAGCUCCACCGCUCGCCGCCGCCUCUCCCAAAUAACAGCGACGUCAAGAGCGAGUCCUUCCUCUCUGAAUGCGAAGAUCUCUCCGGAAUUGAGGAGAUCAACUCCAACGCUGCAAUUACUCCCAAUCCAACACAAAUGGCGGUGAAGCCCUCCAGCACCAAGGCGUCGAGGGAGAAGGCGAGGGCGAGGGCGAGGUGUCGAACGCGAGAGAAAAUGCUGGUGAAGCGCCUCCACAUCUCUGGGGACUCCUUCAAACCAAACCCUAAUCAUAUUGAAGCACCAGGAGGAGGAGAUCAACAACUAAUAAAUCCCUACGUCGACCAAAUUAGGGUUUCUCAAGAGUUAUCCGACGUCGGAAUGAUCUUGGGGAAUUCGAGCUCUGAGUAUCACUGCGAUCCAAGUUUGGUGGGAUAUUCAUAUUGGGAUGUGUUGAGCAAUGACAGAUCGAAUUGCUUUCAGUAUUCUCAGGUUUCUUUUGCAGGUAAUCUCAACUCAGUUUUCACGGCAGAAUUUCCAUAAAUAAAUAAGCAUAUGCUUUCUCUUUUUAGUUGGGGAGAUUAUUCUUCUACCUACUAGCUAGCUAGUAUUGCUCACCAUCUCCAUGUGUAUAUCAUUUCAACUAUGGAUUUUCGAGGACUUAAUAUCAAUAUAAUGCUUUGUUGUAUCAAUGGAGGAUUAUUAAUUCA